AAAGAAGAGCAAUAGCUGUUCCUUAAUGACUCUUAAAAUCAGCGGCUUCUGAGUGUAUCUGUGUGCUCCUAUACACCACCCCACCCAUUUUUGCAAUCCCUCCCCUUUCAAAAUCACAAACUGCCCAAUCAAGACGCUACAGUGCUAGAGUGUAGAUGAAAUUGAGAACCUCUUUGCUUUUCCUCCCUUCACAGAAACUACUGUCCUUGGUUUGGAAUCGAAGCUGCUGAUGCAGCCAGUCCUGUGAGCCUGCCUAUGUGGAUACAAGGUCUCCUUUAAAAAAAGAAAUAAAAGGACAUACUGUUUCUGCACACUACUAUGGGACUUUGAGAUGCUGUUUUCUUUCUGUGGCAUGCCUGUGUCUUAGCCCCAGCUGUAUCAUGUCUUCCAAAAAGGUAGAAGAAUCUGAGAAUGUCUUUGAUUUAAACGAGGCGAUUCCAGAGACAGAGCUCCUGGACAGCAGCCUGCAGAAAGCUCGUGCCCAGCUCUCCAUCAAAGCCAAGAGGCACCGGCCCUCCCGUUCCAGACUGCGGGACAGCUUCAGCUCCACGGAGGGAGAUGAGAGCUUGGACAGGAAGUCGUCGGAUAGCUACGGCAGCCCCCUGCACAGUAUGCGCUCCCCACUUCACACUGUCCUGCGGGGGUCCUCCCCCUCUCCAGACUCCCUCCUCUCCUCCUCCUCUCCUCUCCUGAGGGGCACCGCCUUCUCCUUCGACACCUCUGUGGUGCGACGGACCAUGGAGAUGGGAGAGACCCUGCCCUCUGCCCCUCGCGCUCGCUACCAGCCCCUCACCAACGCCUCAUCGCAGGAGGCUUUGGGCUCCACGCCCACCAGCUCCCCCUCCAAGUCCUGCCCCAGCUCAGAUAGCUCGCCCAUCUACGUGCGCAGAGAGAGGCGAACCGAAAGUGAAGAUGACAGCAGGGACACAAGCCCAGCAGAACCUGGGAGCCCCACUGUGGUAAUGGACAAGAAGACCAGGCGGAGGUUCCUGGAUCUUGGGGUCACGCUGCGCAGGUCCUAUGGGAAGGGCAGGAAGGAGAAGACCUCCAACAGGCUCUCUGUGGGAAACCGGGAGCCCUCGGAAAGUCCUUCCAGGUCCUCAGGGUCACCGUUCAUGCCUUUCUCCUGGUUCACGGAUAGCACAAAAGGCUCUGCAUCACCCAGCAGCACCCGCUCCUGCUCUCCAAAGAACAUCUCUGAAGGCUGCAGCCCCCGCAAGUCCAAUUCCCAGGAAUCCACCCUAAGUGAUGACUUCUGCCCUAGGAGUCCCCGAGCUUCCAGCGGCUCAGUGGCUGAAUCGAAAUCCUCACACCCCUACCAGACUCUUUCCCAGUCCUCUGACGAGCUCCUUGAUGAACCGGUUUGCUUGGUGUCCGCUUGGACCACCCAGCAGGUGUGUCAGUGGCUGAAAGGGUUAAACAUGGAGCAGUACAUCCCAGAAUUCACUGCCAGGGACAUUGACGGGGAACAGCUACUGCAGCUGGACGGGAGCAAGCUGAAGGGCCUGGGGGUGACCAGCUCUACAGACCGCUCCCUCCUGAAGAGGUGGCUCAAGGACAUGCAGGCAGCAGCAGAGAAGGAACGCAAGUCUCUGGACAAGCUGGAGCGACAGAAAGAGAAGCAGCGCAGGAGGGACCAAGGGCAGAGGAGGAUCUAGGCAGAGCCAGCAGCCCCAGGACCCAGGACCCAGGACCCAGGGCAUGGCAAUCAGGUGCCUGGCAAUCAGGCAGCCAGGCAACGGGGGCUCCUCCCGGUGUAACCUGGCACGACAGAGCAUGAGUCAGCAUGAUGGGGGCUCUAAAGGGUCCAGGGAGCACAGGGACAAAAGUCAGUGAGACUUUUCUAGUGUAGGAGAGCAUGUCUAUGGCAGUUGUGUAUCAGUACUGUUGACAUACAAACCAAACAAAUUUACUAGUCUUCCAUGCAUGGAUACAUUUAGCUACUCGGGCCACCAAUGAGACGAGUUUAGUAAACAGUAUGUUUAAAUUAAUACAACCAUAACUGUAAAACGGGUGGCCAAAGUUCGGCCUACCGCUCCAGGUCUUUGUGUCAACACUGUUCUAAAUUGUUUAAUUGAACUAAUUAAUCCUCCACUCAGACCCUGAAGAUUUUAAUCACUUUAGCUGCUAAACCUGGCUUGGAAUGGCCCUCCUGGACCAUGACUGGUCACCCCUGUUGUAAAAAACUAGAAAAAUGAGGGGGUAUUACUUGUCAUUGAAACGUUUGUCUUCAUUUAAGGCAUUAGGGUUAUUUCUGGUUCUUUCACAUGGAAGAAAGGGUAUAACUAAUUAUAAUAGACUGAUUUGGUAAAUGCUUUCAUCGCAGCAAUGAAGAUACUACAUAGAGAAACGUUUCAGCUAUCCAUCAUGCUGAAUUUACACAAAAUAUUGAGUUUUCUGAUAUGACGGACAUUGCGAAUGGAUGGAUUGUGUUCCAUUACCAUAGACAAGCUCUCCCUAGACUCCGUCUUAGGAAAGCAGAGCGCUCAACCUGUAAGGUAUGGCUGACAGAAGCAAUUGAUGCUUAUGGUGAGUUUAAACAAUGGGUAGGCAUUGGCCCCACUGCAAAGCGGGUAUGAGGAAAGUUUACAUACACGUCCAGUAAUUGCUCAUUCAAUCAACUUGUGGCGUAUUUCCCACCCCGCCCCGCCCCCCAACUAACUGUCAUAUUCCUGACAGUCUGAGGACUCUGCUUCCCUGCAAUGUAGUCUAGGAUAAAGGGGUGGGUAUGUGCUCUGGUUUGCUGGGUCACCUGUUUCAUAAUCAACUCUUUUAUUAAGAAACAUUUAUACAAACAAUAGGAAAUAGCAUACUGCACCUCCUUACUGCUGGAACCUCAGCACUGGAACAGAUGACAAAUGAAAUGUGCAUCACAGGAGCAGCUUUCAUAGUCAAAAGUUGUGUAAAAGUUGCGCCAUCAGUGCUAGACGAAUGUGUCUCAAAGUGUCAUUUUACAACUUCCUGCGGGGAACUGCUACAUCGUUUUUGCUCCAGGUUAGCUUGUUCUGUAAAAUAUUUUGAUGGUUCAAUGAAGUCCAAGUUGACCGUUUUGUAAAACGUAGUAGUCUUGCUCUGCAACACAGUGUAUAAUAAAACAAGAGGAAUUUAACUGAGAUAAUGCAAGGAACAAGGGCAUUCUUCAAGAGCCUACAAACAUCUAUCAUGGUACGUCUUAGGCAUUCCUGGACAGAGAUGUGUCCAUUGAAACUGGGACUAACCCAGUAACACGGUCCACAUCUGAAAUCCUUUGAGGGUCACUGAAUCUUCCACCUUUUGACUGCUUUCUCUUAGGACUCACUGCCUGUCCCAGGACUCCUGGCAAAGAGAGGUGCUGAAUGAAUGUUCCUGUAAACAUCCUGUGAAAUGGGCAGAUUGACAUUGGCCAACAGAACGGUGCUCAAUUCAAGUUUGAUUUAAAGCUUGAUUUAAAGCCAGGAGCAAGAUGUUUAUCAUCUGUUUUGCCACCAAUCCCCUAUACAAUGCCUCAAUAACAUUGGUAAAACUGUCUGCACAACAAAUAAACAGUAAAUUAUACAUAUAUUAAUAAUGUUAAAAGCAUUCUCUAUUUGAAUGAUGGAAUAACUGUGACCCCCCCCCCCCCAAUCUCAUAAAUGUAACUCUUUUUACUUACUGUGAUUGCCUAAAAUGAUACACACACAAACACACGCACAGGACCUUGAUUUAAAAUGUGCUGUGUGGAUUCCACUAGAUGGCGCUGGUUGCCUAUCACAAUCUGGUUUUAAAAGCAGAAAAGACUAUGAACUUUACUCAUAGUUGUAAUGGCAGUAUUGUACAGUAGGUGUCAUACAAGAAUUUAUGAAAGUCAUUACAGGUAAAAAAAAAAAAAAAAAAUGUACGUGUUUUGAUAUUUUCAACAUAUGGACAUAUAGACAAUUCCAACUGAGGACCAUGCAUGUAUGUAUGUAUGUAUGUAUGUAUGUAUGUAUGUAUUUAUUUCUUUAUUUAUUUAUUGAUCAUUUCUUUGCCACAAUGUUAUAAGUUUAAUAAGAGUAUUGGAUUGUAACCAUAGGCCAUCACUUGUAAUCUAGGAUGCAAACCAGUAUUCGUGUGGUAGAAGAUUUUGGCCUAUAUUUUCUACUGUGGCAAAAUACAGGCCAACUUAAUACAUUUUUGACAUAGGACAUUUUCCCCUCUCUGGAUAACCAAGUGAAAAAAGAUAAUGUCUUUAUGCAAACAAAACUGUAUUAAUCCAUAAUUAGUAUGACCCUAAAACAAUAAUAAACAUAAAUUAUGUUCACCAUAAAUUAUGACAAGAAAUUUACAGAGUAACAUGGUGCUUGCCUGUACUACUGCGUGUUGUUAUUUAAAAAUAUAUGACUCUAGUGUGUCCACUAGUUAAAGCUAUAUUGAAACAUUCCUUCAAAAAUAAACUGUUCUUCCUCAUAUGGUUAAUAGUUUUAAAUUACUACGUUUAUUUACAAUGCUUUGUUAGUUAAUUAACCAGUAAUUACAAACCAUUGCUUUCCCCAGGGCUGUGUAUCUUUAUCCUUACUACAAAGUGGUUCUACCACGUUAUUGACUCUGUGUGUAAUGCCUAUCUGAUGCAUUAAAAAAUAACUUUGCAGCCAAGGCUACGGAAUUUGACCACAAAAUAAAAUGUUUAGGCCCUUCCCACAUGUCUCGAUCAUACAGUACCUCCUCUUUUCAAAACCGUGAGCACACACAAGACAGCCUUUCUCACGCUGUAUUUCUGUGUAUGAGAUUUUUCUGCUUUCAUCGUAUGCAACUCAGAAGUACAAGUAAGUUUA